GCCGAGUGCUGCUCCCUGGCGCUCGGAGCCCGCUCCAGCGCCCGCCCGCCGCGCCGGUGAACAUGAGCGAUCAUGGCCGCUUUCGGGCUCCUCAGCUAUGAGCACAGACCGCUCAAGCGGCCGCGCCUGGGGCCGCCCGAUGUCUACCCGCAGGACUCGCGCCAGAAGGAGGAUGAACUUACAGCAGUGAAUGUAAAGCAAGGCUUCAGUAACCAGCCUGCCUUCUCUGGAGAUGAGCACGGAUCUGCGAGGAACAUAGUCAUUAAUGCCUCAAAGAUUGGCGCUUACUUUAGCAGCAUACUAGCGGAAAAGCUAAAACUUAACACUUUCCAGGACACAGGGAAGAAGAAGCCACAAGUAAAUGCCAAAGACAACUACUGGCUGGUCACUGCUCGGUCUCAGAGUGCAAUUCACAGCUGGUUCACAGACUUAGCAGGAAGUAAACCACUGACUCUUUUAGCAAAAAAGGUUCCGAUUCUCAGUAAAAAAGAAGAUGUUUUUGCUUACUUAGCAAAGUACUCUGUGCCACUGCUGCGAGCAGCAUGGCUGAUUAAAAUGACAUGUGCCUACUAUGCUGCUAUUUCUGAAGCUAAAAUCAAGAAACGUCAGGCCACUGACCCAAAUAUUGAAUGGACUCAGAUUAUAACCAGAUACCUUCGGGAGCAGCUGGCAAAGGUUGCAGAGUUUUGUCAUGCGACCUCCAGCCAAGGCAACAGCUCUGUAGUCAUGCCUCAAGAGAUGGAGCAAGCCCUGAAGCAAUGGGAAUAUAACGAAAAAUUGUCAUUUUAUAUGUUUCAGGAAGGAAUGCUCGAGAGACAUGAGUAUUUGACGUGGAUACUGGAUGUUCUGGAAAAAAUUAGACCUACUGAUGAUGACCUGCUUAAGCUGUUGUUGCCUCUGAUGUUGCAGUAUUCAGAGGAGUUUGUUCAGUCAGCUUACCUGUCCCGUCGCCUCGCUUACUUCUGUGCCAGACGCCUGUCUCUGCUGCUGAGUGAUGGUCCUAACCCUGUAGCUGCACACCCUCCUCAUGGGAUUCUUGGCCCAAGUAACCCUCCCCUGGCAGCCCCCAGCCCCACUGCCCCUGCUCCCGGGGUGGCCCCACUGCAGCUGAGCUGCUCGGAUUUCCUCUCCUGCCCCCAGCACCGUCCACUGGUGUACGGGCUGAGCUGCAUGCUGCAGACUGUAACCCUUUGUUGCCCAAGUGCCUUGGUGUGGAAUUAUUCCACAAAUGAAAAUAAGAACAUUAAUCCAGGCUCACCUCUGGAUUUACUUCAAGUUGCUCCAUCAAGCUUACCCAUGCCAGGUGGAAAUUCAGCAUUUAAUCAGCAGGUUCGAGCAAAGAUUUAUGAAGUAGAACAGCAGAUAAAACAAAGAGGUCGUGCUGUGGAGGUACGGUGGUCUUUUGACAAGUGCCAAGAAUCAACUGCAGGGGUGACCAUCAGCCGAGUGCUGCACACCUUGGAAGUGCUGGAUCGACACUGUUUUGACAGAUCAGAUUCCAGCAACUCAAUGGAGACACUUUAUCAUAAGAUUUUCUGGGCAAAUCAGAAUAAAGAUAAUCAAGAGGUGGCCACCAGCGACGAGGCGGUGGUGACGCUGCUGUGCGAGUGGGCUGUGAGCUGUAAAAGGUCUGGUAAGCACAGGGCCAUGGCUGUGGCCAAACUCCUGGAGAAGAGGCAAGCAGAAAUUGAAGCAGAAAGAUGUGGUGAAUCUGAAGUCCUAGAUGAAAAGGAAUCUCUGUCUUCAGCCUCCUUGACAGGUUCCAGUCUUCCCGUUUUUCAGAAUGUCCUGCUGAGAUUUUUAGACACACAAGCUCCCUCAUUAUCUGACCCAAACAGUGACCAUGAGAAGACAGAGUUUGUGAAUUUGGUGCUGCUUUUUUCUGAAUUCACUCGGCAUGAUGUGUUCUCCCAUGAUGCAUACAUGUGCACUUUAAUAUCACGAGGAGACUUGUCAAUCACUGCAGCUACCAGACCACGCUCACCUCAUGGGGAUGAACACUACUCCAAGGAUCAUGAUGUGAAAUUGGAGGAUCAUAGCAUUGUGGAGCACAUUGACUCAGGAACUGCUGGUGUUUUUGAUGAUGUAGACAAGGGUGACUUCAAGGCAGAUUUUGGUUCGGACUUCCCAAUUUUUUCUCCGAUGCCUGGGGAGACUUGUGAGAAUGUCAACUCUUCUUUAGACAGAAGAAUCUCAGCCACCAGCGAGAAGUCAGUCAGGAGGGAAAGACUGGGAGAUGUGAUUUUCCCAUCCAACUACGACCUCCUGCGCCAUUUGCAGUACGCGACGCAUUUCCCCAUCCCUCUGGAUGAAUCUUCAAGUCACGAGUGCAACCAGCGCAUGAUUCUCCUCUAUGGAGUUGGUAAGGAGCGUGAUGAAGCAAGGCAUCAGCUGAAGAGGAUCACCAAAGACAUCCUCAAAAUCCUGAACAAGAAAAGCACCACCGAGAUGGGAGUUGGGGAUGAAGGGCAGAAAGCCAGGAAGACCAAACAAGAAACUUUUCCAACCCUGGAGACUGUGUUCACAAAACUGCAGCAGCUGUCCUAUUUUGACCAACAUCAGGUGACAUCUCAGAUCUCCAGUAAUGUUCUGGAACAGAUAACGAGUUUUGCCUCAGGAACAUCCUAUCAUCUUCCCUUGGCUCACCAUAUACAGCUCAUCUUUGAUCUCAUGGAGCCAGCACUGAAUAUCAAUGGGCUUAUAGACUUUGCAAUACAGCUGCUGAAUGAGCUGAGCGUGGUGGAGGCUGAGCUGCUGCUGAAGUCCUCCAGCCUGGCAGGCAGCUACACCACGGGGCUCUGCGUCUGCAUCGUCGCCGUCCUGCGGCGCUACCACGCCUGCCUCAUCCUCAGCCCCGAGCAGACUGCACAAGUCUUUGAAGGGCUGUGCGGGGUGGUGAAGCAUGUUGUUAACCCCUCGGAAUGUUCCUCCCCAGAAAGGUGUAUUUUAGCUUACCUCUACGAUCUGUACGUGUCCUGUAGUCACCUGAGAAGCAGGUUUGGAGACCUCUUCAGUAGUGCCUGUUCUAAGGUGAAACAAACCAUCUACAGCAAUGUUCAGCCUUCAAAUUCCAAUUUGCUGUGGGACCCAGAGUUCAUGAUGGAUUUUAUUGAGAACCCUUCUGCUCACAGCAUUAACUACUCGAUGCUGGGGAAGAUCCUGAGUGACAACGCAGCCAACCGCUACAGCUUUGUCUGCAAUGCCCUGAUGAACGUCUGCAUGGGCCACCAGGAUGCAGGAAGGAUUAAUGACAUGGCAAACCUCUGUGCAGAGCUGACUGCGUGCUGCACGGUGCUCAGCUCAGAGUGGUUGGGGGUCGUAAAAGCUCUCUGCUGCUCUUCAAAUCAUGUCUGGGGUUUCAAUGAUCUGCUCUGCAGUGUGGAUGUGAGUGACCUGUCCUUCCACGACUCUCUGGCCACUUUCAUUGCUAUCCUGAUUGCCCGGCAGUGCUUUUCCCUGGAGGAUGUGGUUCAGCACGUGGCACUGCCUUCCCUUCUUGCAGCAGCCUGUGGAGACCCCGAUGCUGAGCCUGGGGCAAGGAUGACCUGUCGGCUGCUCCUGCACCUCUUCAGGACACCCCAGGUCUGCCUCUUUCCCCAGGGAGCAGGGAAAUUCUUUCCUGGAAUUCGUUCUUCUUGUGACCGUCACCUCUUGGCUGCUGCUCACAACAGUAUAGAAGUGGGAGCUGUGUUUGCAGUCUUAAAAGCAAUUCUGAUGCUUGGAGAUGCUGAAAUUGGCAGCAACAACAUCAACAGCUCCUUGAAGGGUGAAGACUUCCAGAUGAGAGGCUUGUUAGAUGAGCUCAGUGAGGAUGGGGUCUGGGGUUCCUCUCACACUUUGAAGUCCUGUGGAAAAGCUGUUUCCAUAGAAACCGCCAGUCUGAGCGAGUAUGCCAGAUACGUGCUCAGGACCAUUUGCCAGCAGGAAUGGAUUGGAGAGCACUGUUUGAAGGAACCUGAGCGGCUGUGCACAGACAAAGAUCUUAUUUUGGAUCCUGUUCUUUCGAACAAGCAAGCACAGACACUCCUCCAACUUAUCUGUUAUCCUCAUGGUGUUACAGAGUGCACGGAGGGUGAGAACCCUCAGAGGCAGCACAUCAAGCGCAUACUGCAGAACUUGGAUCAGUGGACUCUCCGUCAGUCCUGGUUGGAGCUGCAGCUGAUGAUCAAGCAGUGCCUGAAGGAGCCCGGUUCUGGGUCUGUGGCUGAAAUGAACAGCUUGUUGGAUAAUAUUGCAAAGGCGACAAUAGAGGUGUUUCAGCAAUCCGCUGAUCUAAACAAUAACUCUUCUAACUCUGGUAUAGGCCUCUUCAAUCCAAACUCUGUUGGAAAUGCUGACACAAGUAAUACAAGACAGAAUGGUAAAAAGGCAUUCCUAAGUUCCUCUGAGCGGCGAGGAGUGUGGCUGGUGGCUCCCCUGAUUGCAAAGCUGCCCACCUCUGUGCAAGGUAGGGUCUUGAAAGCUGCAGGAGAGGAGCUGGAGAAAGGUCAGCAUCUGGGGUCAUCUUCUAAGAAGGAAAGAGACAGACAGAAACAAAAAAGCAUGUCUCUCUUGAGUCAGCAGCCUUUCCUUUCAUUGGUGCUGACUUGCCUUAAGGGCCAGGAUGAGCAACGGGAAGGGCUUCUAACAUCACUGCAGAAUCAAGUCAAUCAGAUCCUUAGUAACUGGAGGGAAGAACGGUACCAGGAUGAUGUUAGAGCCAGGCAAAUGAUGCACGAAGCCCUACAACUUCGUCUUAACUUGGUGGGGGGCAUGUUUGACACCGUGCAGAGGAGCACCCAGUGGACCACAGACUGGGCACUGCUGCUCCUCCAGAUCAUCACUUCAGGAACUGUUGAUAUGCAGACCAACAAUGAGCUGUUCACAACCGUGCUGGAUAUGCUGGGUGUCCUCAUCAACGGGACGCUGGCCUCCGACCUCUCCAGCGCUUCCCAGGGAGGGCCUGAGGAGAACAAAAGGGCUUACAUGAAUUUAGUGAAGAAACUAAAAAAGGAGCUGGGGGACAAGCGCUCAGCCAGCAUUGACAGGGUGCGCCAGCUGCUGCCUCUGCCAAAGCAGACCUGUGACAUUAUUGCUUGUGAGCCAAUGGGAUCCUUGAUUGACACCAAGGGGAACAAAAUUGCAGGAUUUGACUCCAUUGAUAAGAAACAGGGUCUUCAGGUUUCAACCAAACAAAAGGUGUCCCCUUGGGAUUUAUUUGAAGGUCACAAAAAUCCUGCUCCUCUCUCCUGGGCAUGGUUUGGUACAGUUCGUGUCGACAGGAAAGUGAUAAAAUACGAGGAGCAGCAGCAUCUCCUCCUGUACCACACUCACACCAAACCCAAGCCACGGAGUUACUACCUCGAGCCCUUGCCCCUUCCUCCAGAGGAGGAGGAGGAAGAGCCCACCACACCAGUCUCUCAGGAGCCAGAAAGAAAGUCAGGAGAGCUCUCAGAUCAGGGAAAACUUGCCACGGAGGAUGAGAAGAAGACAAAGGGCAGGAAGCGAAAGUCAAAGUCAAGCUCAAGGGCUGAUGAAUAUCCACAGAAUAACUUGUACAGAGUGCCUCCCACUUACUCCCCACUCUCCUCUCACCUGAUGCACCAUCCUCCCCCUGCCCUCUGGGGUUACAGCCUCCUGGGGACCCCGCAGCCCCCCGGCUUCUUCCUGCAGAACCCACCCCUGCCCCCAGGUGGCUCCCGGCUGGACCCGACAGGCUCCUUUGUCCCAGCCAACACGAAGCAAGCCCUGUCCAGCAUGCUGCAACGCCGCUCUGGCAGCCUGCUGCAGCCCCCUGCCCUGCACCCCCUCCCACCCCAGCAGCAGAUGCUCCAGAUGAAGCUCCUGCAGCAAGAGCAGCAGCAGCAGCGGCUCCACAGGCAGCAGGCACAGGCACGGGCUCUCCAGCAGGGCCAGCCAAUGGACCAAGCUGCUGUUUUCUCUCCUCAAGUUCGACCUGGGUCUCAGCUUCCGCAGUACCCAGGGGUACAGCAAGCACAGCAUGUGCCCCAUGGAUACACCCUGUACAGCACACAGCAGCCAGCUGGGGGGGGGGUGGUGCCCCCCCAGGGGUACCCCAGCCCUGCACUGAUGGAGCAGCUGCAGCAGAUGCACCAACAGCCUGGGGGGCCCCCCCCACAACCCCCCACUGCCUACCUGCAGCCCCCCCAGGGCACUCAGAGACUGAGCCAUCAGCCUUUGCAGCCCAACUCCCUGGCUGGGGAGGGACUGGAGAGCACAUCAGCCUCAGGUCCUCACCCCACGCUGGGCUCAGUGGCCCAGGAGCCCCUCAGACAGAGGCAGCAGCAGCUGAGGCAGCAGAGGCUCCUCCAGCAGCAGCAGCUGGGGCAGCAGCAGGCACUUGGUCUCCAGCCCGUGCAACCCCAGCAGCCCUUGUUCCCCAGGCCAGGCUUGCAGCAGACACAGCAGCAGCAGCAGACGGCAGCGCUGGUCAGGCAGCUCCAGAAGCAGCUCUCCAGCACCCAGCCCCAGGCAGGGGUGAACCAGUACGGGCACCCCCCACACUUCUGAGCUGCAGCAGGAGGCAGAGGCCAGGCCACGUUUGCACUGAGGAGCAGAACUUCACCUGUCAAUGCACUACUUGUUGCUAGAAGCAGGCUUUAGUUUUCUUCUCUUAUUAUUUCAAUAUUAUUUUUCUGAGCUGCAGUUGAUGUGA